GUUUCGCCUCUCUGCUUUCUACUGUCUCGGCGGGCGUUGAAGCCAGUCAUGAACACCAAGCCCUCGCUGGAUGGGAGCUCUGAGUUUGUGAAGAACGAGGAGGCUCGGGAGAUUCCCCCUAUGAGGAGCUACCUCUGGCUCACCAUGUUCACCUGUUUCUGUCCUGCGUGGCCCAUCAAUAUUGUGGCGCUGGUUUUCUCUGUCCUGGCCCAGAAGAGCUAUACCCACGAGGACUAUGAUGGCUCCAGACGGCUGGGUCGGAAAGCUCUCCACUUGGGGAUCGCCUCGUUUGUCAUCGGUGCUGUCAUCAUCACUGCGUACAUCAUUAUACACUUUACCACGCAUGAGGUGUGACCUCUUGAGGGAAAAGAGGAGAUGGAAGAGGCGAAAAGGUGAAACUGUUAUGGAGAGAUGAGCACCAUGUGGUGGAAAGGAGCUCUGUUUGGCUUCUGUCAUCAGCAGCUUUGGAGGUUUUUAAAAGAUCUGGUGGACCUAAUUUUAAUGUACCAUACAUCCUGACUGAAGUUAUUAUGUAAAUGAUAUUGUAACUACAUUUUCAUAGGCUAUGUGAAUGUAAGGUAAAAAAGGAGCCUUUCCUGUACUAUCAAUGACCAGGGUUUUUUUUUUCUUAACUAAAGGGCUAAAUUAUGAACUGCUAUCAGAUAACAGACAACAUCUGCUUGAUAACAUCAACAGAAAACAUCUUAUUGUUUGAAGAAGCCACUGAUAAUUGUUAACUUGUGUUUGCAAUCUUACUGUACAUGAUGUGAGCUUAAAAAUAUAACAUUAAACGUUUUGUUCAAAAAAAUGGCCAGUUAAACAAAAUGGAAAUUACACAAUAUUCAUAUUUCCUGUCAUGCAGAAUAAAAACGAGUUUAGAAGUGCAGAUGGCAUAGCUUAAACCAAUACCAAAAUCUAUAUUUCAAACAGGGACUCAACUC